UUAUACUGGAAGUUCCAAGAUGUUAUUAUUUUACACUGUCAUUCUUCUAGUAAUCGGAAACUAUGUAACGGAGUCGGCAAAUGUUGAGUUAAUUCUAUGUCCGAGGGUUUAUUGUGGACCUAACGCAAGAUGCGUAGUGAGGAAUGGUGAGCAAACGUGUGAGUGUGACGCGGGCGCAAACAGACUUCCCGUAUUUAAUGAGUGCAUAGCGGACACGAAAUUUUAUUGCGAAAUGAUUUUCUAUGAAGCAAUCAUGGAGGAGAUCUUAAACAGUGCUGUUGAAACUUUACAAAAGAAAGGAGUCGAAAAAGCGAUUUCAGAAAUCACAAAUCGCAAAAAAGCGAUCAGCCAAUGCGAUUCAACGAAAGAUAACGCAGCUAAAAUUGAUAAAUUUGUGAAAAGUAUGACAUAUAGCGGUCAGAAAAUAGGACUAGGAAUCAUCGUUUUCCUUCGAUCUAUUAUAGACGAGACACAAUCAAAAACUGAUUUGAGUAAAGUGAUAAAAGAGAUUGGAAGUGACAAGAAAUACACAAAAAAUGAAAAAGAUUUACUCAAGCAACUGAAUGAACUUUUAGGCCGUAAAUGUUAAAAACUUAUUGGACACGAAAUAGAAUCUGGAUCGUUUUGUCAUUUGUAUUUUUGUUCUUGUUGCCACGGUAUGAAAAG